AAAUUCGUAAGCGCGUUGCCCAUUGUUUGUUGGGUAGCAAAAGGCAGCGAACGUAGAACUGUUGUUCGGUCGCCAUAUAUGUAACUUAAUUUAAUAAUAGUACAAUUUAUAAUAGAGUGUGAAGAUAUUGUUUCAUAAUUCUAUUUAAUAUACAAAUCGCAAAUUAUGUAAACAGUGAAUAUCUACUGCUCAAAUUCAAAUGCAAAUAGUGAAAGAAUCAUUUUUCGCGCAGUGUGCUGCUGCGAAUGCUUGGUGCUCAUCUAUAUGUACGUGAAUAUGUACAUAUAUAAUUUUUAUUGUGUGUUCGUGACAGUUUAUUUCAAUUAUUUAUAACCGACAUAUUCAAUUUUAACUGUUAAAGUGCUGAUGUUAUUGAAACUAGUGUAAGAGCUAAUGCGGGCGUAGUUGUAAUCAGUUUUUAUCGACGUUUCAUUGUCGGGCAUACAAACUCGCAUACAGCGACACACGUGCGUGUAUACAUACAGACAAAGCUACAUACAUACAUACAAGUACAUACACACAUACACACACAGGGCAGCGCUCAGCUGUGCUCAGCUGUCGUUUGUUGUCAAUGUGUCUGAUCCUGCCAGAGUGUUUGGUUUUUGCGCGGCAAAUUUGUAUAACUGACUAUCGUUCCUAUAAUAACAAUAACAAUAACAACAACAAUUGAUUGAUUUAACCGAAUAUAAAUCGAUACGGAGAUUCCAUGGGUUCGCUCGGACAUCGCGCGGUGCUGCAAUACAUUGACAAUAAUGAUAUAUCCGGUCUUCGCGCUAUACUCGAUAGUCGCCAUCUAUCCAUCGAUGAUCGCGAUGAGAAUGGAACUACGCUGCUUAUGGUCGUGGCCGGGCGUGGUCUGACCUCGUUCGUGCGUGAGUUUUUGGCUCGUGGCGCCGAUGUGCAGGCGGAGGAUCUGGACAACUGGACGGCGCUGCUGUGCGCCACGCGCAAUGGUCACCUGGAUGUGGUGCAACUGCUGCUGGAUCAUGGCGCUGAAAUAGAGCAUCGCGAUAUGGGCGGUUGGACUGCUCUGAUGUGGGCUGCAUAUCGGGGACACACGGAUCUGGUGCGCCUGCUGCUGGACAAGGGAGCCGAUGGCAAUGCCCAUGGCAAUUACCAUUUGGGAGCGCUGCUCUGGGCGGCGGGCCGUGGCUUCAAGGACAUUGUGGAGCUGCUGGUGCAACGCGGCGCCAAGGUGAAUGUCGGGGACAAGUAUGGCACCACGGCUCUGGUGUGGGCUUGCCGUCGUGGCAACGUAGAGAUCGUGGACACGCUGGUGAAGGCUGGCGCCAACGUGGACACCGCCGGCAUGUACUCAUGGACGCCCCUGCUGGUGGCUGCCGCCGGCGGACACACGGACUGCGUCACCUCAUUGCUGGAGAAGAAGCCAAAUGUGAAUGCCCUCGACAAGGAUGGCAUGACAGCGCUGUGCAUAGCCAGUCGCGAAGGCUUUCAGGAUAUCGCCGCAUCUCUGAUAGCUGCUGGCGCCUACAUCAAUAUCCAGGAUCGUGGUGGAGAUACGCCGCUGAUACAUGCCGUCAAGGGCGGACACCGUACGGUGGUCGAAGCGUUGCUCAAGAAACACGCCGAUGUGGAUAUCCAAGGCAAGGAUCGCAAGACGGCGAUCUACACGGCCGUGGAGAAGGGCCACACACAAAUUGUGAAACUGCUGCUGCUCACCAAUCCCGACCUGGAGUCCUCUACCAAAGAUGGCGAUACGCCGCUAUUGCGUGCCGUUCGCAACCGCAAUCUGGAGAUUGUUCACAUGCUGCUCGAUCGCAAGGCCAAGGUGACGGCCAGCGAUAAGCGUGGCGACACCUGCCUGCACAUAGCGAUGCGUGCUCGUUCCAAGGCCAUUGUCGAGGCGCUGCUGCGCAAUCCCAAGCACAGCCAGCUGCUGUAUCGCGCCAACAAGGCUGGGGAGACGCCCUACAACAUUGACUCGCUGCAUCAGAAGACCAUCUUGGGUCAAGUGUUUGGUGCGCGACGCCUCAAUACCAACGAAGACUCGGAGGGCAUGCUGGGCUAUGAGCUGUACUCGUCGGCGCUCGCCGAUGUGCUCAGCGAGCCCACUCUAACCACGCCCAUCACCGUCGGCCUCUACGCCAAGUGGGGCAGCGGCAAGAGUUUCCUGCUGAACAAACUGCGCGACGAAAUGAACAACUUUGCCAAGCAGUGGGCGGAGCCACCGACCAAGACUGGCAGCCUCCUGUUUAUGGUUUGCCUGCACAUUUCGCUGCUGAUCGGAACAAUUGUGGGCUUGAGCACGUGGUCUGUGCUGUGGGGCGUAUUGGCUGCAGUUAUCUUCUUGGUAUUGGCUUAUCUCCUGCUCGCGGCUACGAAGUACUUUAACUACCAAAUGGACAUGUUUUGGGCCUACUCUGUGCUGCAUGCGCUGGAGAAGCGCAUGACACGGCUGCGCCUCAUACUGCAGGUCACAUUCUGCCAUCCGCCCGGUCCGCAGGCCGACUCCCAGCCCAAGCCCGUGCGCUUUCACUUUGCGGAAGCGAGCAGUGCCUCGCCCACGGGCGACGGCGCCGUGGCGCACAUGCUGGCCUCCCUGCUGGAUGCCAUUGAGUCACAUUAUGGCUGGCUGUCGACGCGUCUGUAUCGUGCCUUUCGUCCCAAGUGCCUGAAAAUGGAUGUGGGCUGGCGCUGGCGUCGCAUGUGCUGCCUGCCCAUUGUGCUGCUCUUCGAGCUCGGCCUGAUCACCCUUGUGGCGGGCAUAGCACUGAUAGUUGCCUACUUCACGCACGCCAAUGACGUUGAGCGCGAGCAGAUUCUGGUGGCCGUCUAUGUGAUAGCUGCGGUGCUAGUGACGCUCAUCUGCACGCACCUGCAUGUGCUGGCCAAGGUCUGUGGCUCGCUGUUCAUCUCGCACAAGCGCCAGCUGAAGCGGGCCGUGCGCUCCAACGAGAAUGCGCCCCUGACUCUGCUGGGCGCCGAGGUGGCUGUGCUGACGGAUAUGGUCAAGUGUCUGGAUGCGUUUACCAAUCAGCAGAGUCGCUUGGUGGGCGUCAUCGAUGCUCUGGACUCGUGUGAUACGGAACGCAUUUUGACGCUCUUGAAUGCUGUGCAAACGCUGCUCUCCUCGCCCAAUCGUCCCUUCGUCCUGCUCAUCUCAGUGGAUCCGCAUGUGAUUGCCAAGGCCGCUGAGGCUAAUAGCCGCAGGCUGUUCACCGAGGGCGGCAUUGGAGGUCACGACUUCCUGCGUAACUUGGUCCAUCUGCCGGUUUAUCUGCAAAACUCUGGACUGCGCAAGGUGCAGCGGGCCCAAAUGACGGCGCUGCUCUUCAAACGGAGCGGCGCAGACUACCAAGUCGACGACGGACCCUCGCUGGGCCACUCGGUUUCAGCGCGACGUCUGUCCAAUGCCUCAGAGAUAAUGUCUAGCCAGGAGAAGCUACGUGCGCCGCACAAUACUCAACGCGGUGGCGGCAGUGGUAAAAAGUUGCGUCUGUCCGAGUCCGUGGCCAGCUCGAUUGGCUCCAAUCUGCAUAGACUGGGCCAGAAUCCUCAAGGGGUGCUUGAUCUGUCGCGCAUUGUGCUCACCGAUGAUUACUUCAGCGAUGUGAAUCCGCGCAGCAUGCGCCGCCUGAUGAACGUCAUCUACAUCACAGUGCGUCUACUCAAAGCAUUCCAGAUCGACUUCAGCUGGUAUCGCCUCAGUUCCUGGAUAAAUCUCACCGAGCAAUGGCCACUGCGCGCCAGCAUGAUUGUGCUCCAUCACGAUCAGUUUAUGGACACCAAUGCCGAUGAGAACAUCUCGCUGCAGAGUGUCUAUGAAAAAGUUCGCCCGAAACUCGCCUGUCUGCGUGAGGCGGCACCUCUGCUCGAGCUGGAUCGCGAUGAGCGCAAGCUGGACGCAUUUCUGCAGCUGCAUAAAUCAGAUUUAUUGGUCGCGGAUUUGCGCAUAUUCUUGCCCUUCACAAUCAAUCUGGAUCCGUAUCUCAGAAAGGUGCUCAAAGAGGAUCAACAAAUCAUCGAAGACGAAGGCUCGCUGGUGCUGCAAACACGUCCCAGCAUCACGCACAGCAUGCGCCCACAUCCGCCGCCAACAACCUAUGUGCCUUCCCCCCAGGUCUAUCCGCCUUACCAAAUGCUGCAGAACGACUUUGUGGCCAAUGAGAUGCGUUCGCGCCAUCUGAGUGUGAUGGAGCCAACAACACCGCUGAUACCAUCGCCCAGCGAGUCCUUUAGCGAUGAUAUACUACAAACAAAGCUCACGGACCUCACCGUCGAGGGCGUCAUCAGCCUGCUGGAACGCAUUGAGGAUCUCAAGCCAGCGCUACCGAAACUGGCGCCUGUGCUGCGUGAAAAUGCCAUCAACGGCCGCGUGCUGAAGCACUGUGAACUGACGGACCUCAAAGCGGUGCUUGGCCUGAGCUUCGGCCAUUGGGAACUGUUUCGACUGCUUAUUACCACCCUGCGCGAUGUGGAACGCCUGCCACGCAAGAUUCGGCCACAGCCCUCUAUAGCAGAGCCCCCAGCCGCUGUGCCCGUGAUGCGAGAGGUGCCCGAGGCAAUCCCAGCGCCUUCGCUGUCACGGCGAAACUCUGUCAGUCAUAUGGAGAAACAGUCAAAAAUCCAUGACUAUGAGUAUCUGCAGGUUACGCUUGAGGAGCAAAUGAUUUGCGGCGCAUUGCAAACAUUGAAUGAGGAGGCUUUCGAGGAUGUGGCCAGCAGUGAGAGACCCAGUCCGUCUGGUUUGCCCACAGGUGAGAUGUUAGCUGCUGCCGCACAGCUGCAAUUAGCACCCAUUCGCGAGUCUUCCGAGUUUGGUUCGCCAUCCGACGAGCAGAAGAUUCACAAUCUGCUGCAGUACAACAUCAACAACAACAACAACAACAAUAACAACAACGAAUACAAUCGCAGUGCCAGCUCGCACUCGCUGCAAAGUCUGAACGCUGGUGGAGCUGCCGGCGGCGGGCUCCAGAUGCGUAUGGACCUCGAUUUGUCCAGUGCCGGUGCCUUGUUUGCUCCGACGCUGCUCACGUCCGGCUCGCCAAUGCAGCAGCGGCGCGAUUCCAUAUUGAAGCAGCAGGGCAGCGUGAAGUCGGAGAAGCGCGUAUCGAUCAAACAAACGCCCAGCAGCAGCAAUUUGGCUAACAUCAACAAUAACAAUAACAAUAAUGCCUCAAAGGUGGAAUACGUCUCGGAGCGUCAAGUGGAACUGGCGAGUGGGCCGGGCAGCAGCAAGGGGCGCUUAACCACCAAGCCGCCAGCAGGUCCCCGGCCUGCCUCGCUGAUCAUAACCAAAAAUGACUCAAAUGCGCAAUUUCAGCUGCUGCGCUCCUCGUCCAUCGAAUACGAGGAUAUCGAGGCACAGCAGCGUGCGUCGAUACGUGCUAUUAGGACCACACUGCUCGACCAGCAGGAGGAUGAGUCGGCGCCUUUGGUGUUUACGGUGCGCAAAUGAUAGGACUGCAAUGACUGCGACCAGCAGCAAGAACAACAACAAAAACUACAACAGAAGAUUCAAUAUGUGCUUUUUACUUAGUGCCACUUAAAUUAAGUUACAAAUAGGCUGUAGUUCGUGUAACGCGUGUCACUGUUUAACGUUGUAAUAAUUUAAUAUUGCUAGAAAAUGAAUUGAAUGAAUAUAUACACUUACUAUUAUGAAUUUAA